AUGGAUAAGGAAUGGAUACAUUUGCCUUCAAGGCUUGUACCUGAGUAUGAAGAAGGUGUACAAAAAUUUCUUACACAAGCUAAGAAAUAUGCCAAAACACGUGAAGUAAUCUUAUGCCCUUGCAAGCAUUGUAAAAACAAAAAGUAUAUGAAAUUUGACCAAGUGUACGAUCACUUAAUUAUUAAGGGGUUUGAUCCUUCUUACACUAUUUGGGUCUUCCAUGGAGAAACUUAUAACCGACAAUAUCAAGGUGAAGGUAGUUCAGGAGAAAUUCAGAAAGAUGAUGAAAGUAGAGAGGCAUAUCACUUAUAUAAGGAUGCCUUUGUGCCAGAAGAAGAGGUUGGAUACACUAUGUCUGAGGCAAAAGAUAACGACUUUGCUAGUUUAUUAGAAGAUGCAGAAACUCCCCUCUUCCCUGGUUGCACAUCUUACACAAAGUUAUCAGCAGUCGUCACAUUAUACAAUUACAAGUCUACUAAUGGUCACACAGACAAUAGUUUCAAUGAGCUCCUUAAGAUCUUAGGUGACAUGCUUCCAGAAAAAAACACACUUCCAGAAACUGUUUACUCGAUGAGAAAAUUGUUAAAACCAUUUGAUUUAGGAUAUGAGAAGAUUCAUGCUUGCCCAAAUGAUUGUUGUCUAUUUCGAAAGGAGCUUAAAAAUCUGGAUACGUGUCCAAAGUGUGGUUCAUCAAGAUGGAAGGUGGACAAAAUCACCACCAAAGUUUUUAAAAGGGUUCCAGAAAAGGUGCUACGGUAUUUUCCGGUGAUACCAAGAUUUAAAAGGAUGUUUAAAUCAAAAGAAAAAGCUGAAGAGUUGAUUUGGCACUCCAACCACAAAAGUCAAGAUCACAUGAUGCGUCAUCCAGUUGAUUCAGUAGCUUGGGAUACAAUAAAUCACAAAUGGCCAGAUUUUGCAUCAAAUCCUAGAAAUCUGCGCCUUGGCCUUGUAACCGAUGGAUUCAACCCUUUUGGCGACCUUAGUUCUAGAUAUAGUUGUUGGCCCGUUAUUUUGGUAAAUUAUAACCUUCCUCCAUUGAUGUGCAUGAUGAAAGAAAAUCUUAUGUUGACAUUACUAAUUCCAGGUCCAAAGCAACCGGGAAAUGAUAUAGAUGUAUACUUGGAACCCCUUAUCGAGGAUUUAAAUGAGUUGUGGGAGACAGGUGUAGAGACGUAUGAUGCAUUCAGCAAGUCAAUGUUCAAUCUAAAGGCUAUUUUGAUGUGGACAAUCAAUGAUUUUCCAGCUUAUGGAAACCUAGCUGGAUGUGCCACAAAAGGGAAACUUGGUUGCCAAUAUGUGGGGAAGACGUAUGUUCUAUGUGGCUUAAGUAUAGCAGGAAAUAUUGAAAAGGACUGGGGUAAAAAUAAAAAGGAUGUGAAUGUCAAUACUUCGGGGAAAAAGAGGAAGAAACAAAAUAGUUCAAAAGAAAUGCAAAAAUCUAUUCAACAGUGGAAGAAAAAGUCAAUCUUUUUCAAUUUGCCAUAUUGGAGUGGGCUCCUAUUACGUCAUAACUUAGAUGUGAUGCAUGUUGAAAAGAACGUUUGCGAGAAUAUCAUAGGCACACUAUUAAAUCUAAAGAAAAAAUCCAAAGAUGGUGUGAAUGCUCGCAAAGAUUUGAUGCACUUAAACAUUAGAAAAGAAUUACAUCCUCAAGAAAAAGGAGAAAAUAAAUAUCACUUGCCUGCUGCACCGUACAUGUUGUCUAAAAAAGAAAUGGAUGUAUUUUGCUCCAGGUUGAAGAAAAUAAAGUUACCCGAUGGCUAUAGCUCAAAUAUUGGUAACUGUAUUUCUUUAGAAGAGCGUAAGCUUAAUGGGCUGAAAUCUCAUGAUUGUCAUGUUCUAAUGCAACAAUUGCUAUCAGUAGCAUUGAGAAAUCUUCUACCGAAAGGUCCACGUAAUGCUAUAUUUCUGCUUGGUUCAUUUUUCAAUGAAUUAUGUCAAAGAGUGUUAGACAGGAAUCGUUUAGAAGCACUAGAGGAGAAUAUUGCUGAAACUUUAUGCAUGUUGGAAAGAUAUUUUCCACCUGCCUUCUUUACCAUCUCGGUUCAUUUGACAAUUCAUUUAGCAAGAGAGGCUCGCUUGUGUGGGCCAGUCCAAUUCCGUUGGAUGUAUCCAUUUGAAAGAUUUAUGAAAACACUAAAAGGGUAUGUGAAGAAUCGAGCAAGGCCAGAAGGUUGCAUAGCUGAGUGUUACCUCACAGAAGAACGAAUGAUAUUUUGUAGCGCUUAUAUAAAAAAGGCUUCUAAUAUUGGUGUUCGUUUAAAUCGGAAUGAUGAUUUGGAUAAUGGAUUAGUGGAGGGUCGUCCAAUUUCUCAAGGAAAAGAAAAGAUUUUAGAAGAUGACAUGCUGCAAAUCGCACAUCGAUAUGUGUUGUUUAAUACUGCAGAAGUUGAACCUUACUUGCAGAUGCACAUCGAGGAGCUUAAACAAACAGAUAGUCGUUUCUCAAGUAAUGAAACAUUGUUACAAAAGCAACAUAUGGAAACAUUUGCUGAAUGGUUAUCAAAACAUGUUCCUUUUAACUCUUCAGGCCGAAUUCAAUGGCUAGCAUAUGGUCCAAGAAAGCAUGUUACAUCUUAUACGGGUUAUAUUAUAAAUGGACAUCGGUUCCACACAAUUGAUGUUGAAAGGUCGACACAAGAUAGUGGAGUUUCGAUUGAAGCCGAUACUGUGUGA